UUGGCGAUAAGACCGGCGAAUGCUUAAAUGGAGGAACGCUUAGGGCAUUGAAGUGCGAGCUCACUCUCGCCCAAGAUUACGGAUAAAACCGUUCAUUACUUCUAAUUUUCUUGUCAAGAGCCCUCCCUAAGCACUCCGGACUACUACUUUCCUAUAUGCUCAUUAUAACUUUAUCUCUUCAUUUUCAGACAAGGACUAGUUAGUGAUGGUAACUGAUUUUAAGGUGAAUUGGAUUAUUAUUUGAGCUGUUGAAGAGCUGCUAUACAUUGAAGAAGAAGAAGAAGAAGAAGAAGAAGAAGAAGACGGAAAAAGAAGAGCUAAAACAAGAAAUAUCCGUACAGUUUAGAAAUAGAUAAUUAGGUCUUGGGAUUUCGGAAUUGGAAACUCGAGAAAGAAUAAGCAAGCAGGAAACAGUAGCACAGGAAAUCCGCGAUUGAAUACUGAUAGAGAAGGAGAGAAAUUGGGAAACCAACUUGCAAACAACGUUUUCUUUUCUUUCUUUUUUUUGUUCCUCUCUAUUUGGUUUUGAUUCAUCAUAGCUCUUCUCGAUCUCUGGUUAAAGCUUUGCUAAUCUGUUUCGAGCAAGUCAUCAAAUACUUUUCUUCUAUAAAUUUGAUUCUUUAUUUAGUUAAUCCUUGUGCCUCAGAAAAGAGUUGAAAAAUGUAGUACAGAUCCAUCAGUUGUAACUAAUUUUCUUCAUAUUUUUCUCGUGGAGUUGUGAAACAGCUAAUAAUCAAUCUCUGCAUCAAGCUUAAAGGUCAAAUAUUGGAAAUUUUCAAUUUCCUGUAACAAUAAAAGCUUAAAUCUUUAGCAGAUCCACCUAAUUGCAUUUCAAGCAGUAGGUGCGACUGAGCAGAGAGAAACAGUGUGUGGAAGGAAAGAGAGAGAGCAAUGAGAGAGAGAACAGCUCAUCUGUUCAGAGCUAGCUAGGUUUUUGCUUUUGCAACAAAAAGCUAAACGAUAGCUGACAUUUUUCCGGCUUAGAGCGUGAUAGAUCAAGAGAGAUUUAACACAAAAAAGUACUGAAGCAAGUCGUCAUCAAUAAAUGAAAGAAACCAGUACUGCUUCCACCUGCCGCACCCUUUCGUCAAAACCCUAAUUCUCCUACUGUUACUACUGCUGCUGCUGAAACUGUUACCGUUCUUGAGACAGAGAAAACACACAAACAAGAGAAACUUAAUUUUCCUUUCUCUUUCUUCUCGAUUGUGGAGGAACAAUAAAAAAGAUAUAUUAAUUAGAAUAAGAUCUUAUUAUUGUUUUUAAGUUUUCUCGAGAAAGGCAUGAAAGCGGUAUGGAGGUGGACGAUAUUCAGAGUCAUCAUCAGCCUUGUAAACUGUCAAGGAUUAGUAACUCUAGAAACGAUUCCAACAAAAUAGGAAGAAAAGGAAGUGCUGCUGAUCAGUAUCAACAACAACAACAAGAUGCUGAAGAUGAAGAACCAGCAGAUCAAAGAAAAGUUAUUAACAUUAACAGCGCUAUGAUUAACACAACGGGUGGCGCUGUUGGUGGGUUUGAUAUUGGUAGUAAUGAUAAUGGUAGACUUAGAGCUUGGCAAUCAUCAAGAAUUUUUAGGGUUUCAAGAGCUUCCGGUGGGAAAGAUCGUCAUAGUAAAGUGUUAACAGCAAAGGGUCUCAGAGAUCGGAGAGUUCGUUUAUCGGUCUCUACAGCUAUACAAUUUUAUGAUUUACAAGAUCGUUUAGGUUAUGAUCAACCUAGCAAAGCUGUUGAAUGGUUGAUUAAAGCUGCUGCUGAUGCUAUUACUGAACUUCCUUCACUCAAUGCUACAUUUCCAGAUGUACCAAAACAACUACUAUGUGAUGACAAGAGAACACACCACAACGUCAAUUUGGAACCAAGAUUGGACAUAGCUGAGAUGGAAUUCGAUACGGAUUCUGCAUAUAAUCAGCAUCAUCAGCAGCAACAACACAAUCUUUCGUUGUCGAAAUCCGCUUGUAGUAGCACUUCAGAGACAAGUAAGGGUUCAGUUUUAUCUCUUUCUCGAUCCGAGAUCCGAGUAAAAGCUAGAGAACGUGCUAGAGAAAGAACUGCUAAAGAUAAGGAAAAGGAAAAACCAGAUGAAGCUCCUCAUCAUACUUCUUCAACUGGCCGUCGUCAACAAAAUGCUCAGAGCUCUUCUUUCACUGAACUUCUCACUGGUGCUCAGCAUAACAAUAGCUCCUCUUUAUCAGCAGCCCAACAAAACCUUGGUUUCUCAAAUUUUGUUAUCAGUAAGCAACACCGUCCUUUAGCUCCCACACAAAUGGAUUAUUUCAGUGGGGGCCUUUUUGGGGGAGGUACAUUGAGGAACAACAAUCACUACUCAUCAUCCGGAUUUUCAACCCAAAACGAUUACGGAAAUGCUUCUCAGGCGACGCCCCACACAAUGGGGGUACCACCACCUCCAUUCACUGUUACUGCUGAUCAUCAUCAGCAGCAGCAUCCAGAGAUGCAUCAGUUCUCAUUUUUAUCGGAUCACCUUAUUCCGGACACAGCUGCUGCUACCGCCGCCAAUGGGAACGAAUAUAAUCUAAAUUUUACAAUCUCUUCAGGCAUUGCUGGUUUCAAUAGGGGGACCCUUCAGUCCAAUUCAUCACAAUCUCAGUUGCCUCAUCACCUUCAACCGAGAUUUUCUUCUUCUCCUUCAGAUGGACCAAACAUGCCAUUCUUCAUGGGAAAUGUUGGGAACGCUGCUUCUUCCCUUACACCCGCAGGGAAUCAGUUCCCAUCUGGAUUUGACGGCCGCCUUCAGCUCUGUUAUGGUGAUGGCGGAGGCAGUCAUUCAGAAAUGAAAGGAAAAGGGAAGAACUGAAAAGGCUAAAUCAAAAUAUCAAGUGUCUUGGCUCAUCUUCAUCUUUACCAUCAUCAGGUGAAGUAAAGAUUGGUGAGCUAUGGUGAACGAUCGGGAGCGCCUUCCUUACUUUAGGUAUCAAAACACUAUCAGAUGGUACUUAUUACCACUUCUUUUCUUCCCUCUUCUUUGCCAUCAAGAUGUGAAACGGCUUGUUUUCGUAUAUUCUGCUAUUUAUGUGUAUUCAGGCGCAAUGCGUUUCUUUGUGGUCUUGUUUAUGAGGGGAUGAAAACAUCAAUCCGUCUCAGUUCAUUUAUGUAUUGUUUUCAUCGUCCUUCAUUUUUCAACUCUCUCCCUCUGUCUAGUUUGUUAUAAUACCACAACGUCUCAUUUUUCAACUCA